AUGCUCUCCAAUCUCGUCAGCGUCAUCUCGCUCGCUCUCCUUGGCGGCGCUAUCGCAGCCCCCAUUGAAGGCCCAACAGUUCGCGUCUGCUACGAGACCGAGACGCCAAGUCAGCUCUGCUACACGGCGCCGGACAACGUGCCGCAAGAUGUGGUGCUCGACGAUGUCUUGUUCAUAGCCGCGUACCUUCGAUCGUACGGUGCGCAGGUCAGGACCGGCCGCCUCUUCAACAUGGCCGCCUCCGACGCGCCUGACUGCGGCGAAUGGCUCCUCUAUGCCCACGGCACGGCGCAGGCGUUUGCGAAACACAUCGACAACACCGUCAACUCGAGUGUGCUCUUCGCCGACAUCGCCACCACCAUCGACGGCGGAGUCAACGCCAACUCAACCCAGCAGGCUGCUGCUCUCAUCGGUUGCGGCACCGACGGCGGCUCCGAAGGGGUGAUUGUCAACACCGCCAACCCGACGUACUCGGGCUCAACUUACCCUGCCGGCUAUGUUACCAGUGGCAUCAUCGUCAAGAUUGUGGCUUCGGGAGCGUAG